AUGAGACUUCCCACGCUGUUUGCUCUGCUCUCAUUGGCCGCAGAGGGUAACGUGAUAACGCUCAGGUCCAUGUACGGAAGCCUGGAGUCCCCAAACUUCCCAGAGCCGUAUCCCCCCAACCAUCAGCUGGUCUGGGAACUGAGGGUCCCACAUGGUCUCCGCAUCCGCCUGGACUUCAGCCACUUCCACCUGGAGCCAUCAUACCUGUGCGAAUAUGACAGGGUCAAGGUGGAGGCUGAAGCUGAGGUCCUUGGUGUCUUCUGUGGCCUGGUGUCCUCAGACACAGAGAUGGUUCCUGGUUCCUUGUCGCUGGUGUCUCCUUCAUGGUCCAUGACGGUGACAUUCACCUCCGACUUCUCCAACGAGGAGCGAGUCAGUGGAUUCAGAGCUCACUAUACAGCAGAAGACAUAGACGAGUGCCUGGAGCAGAAAGAGGCGCCUCAGUGCGAUCACUUCUGUCAUAACUUCAUCGGAGGUUUCUACUGCUCCUGUCGCCAUGGAUACCAGCUCCACUCUGACAACCGCACCUGCACAGUCCAGUGCAGUGACCUGGUGUUCCAUCAGUCCUCGGGUGUACUCCAGAGUCCGGACUUUCCCAGGUUUUACCCCCGGUCCUCAGACUGUCAGUACCAGAUCCAGGUCCAGACCGGAUUCAGGAUUCGACUGGACUUUGACCCUGUCUUUGAUGUGGAGGAUCAUCCAGAGGCCAAGUGUCCAUACGACUAUGUGAAGGUGGUCUCCGGGUCUCAGGUCUUUGGUCCUUUCUGUGGGUCUGUGGCUCCUGGUCCGAUCCAGACAGAGUCAAGUUCAGUGACCGUCAAGUUUCACAGUGACGACUCUGGAGAAAACAAGGGCUGGAGCCUGAAGUACUCUACAACCGAGGUGGACUGCGGACCUCCUCCCCUCGUUCCCAACGCUCAGAUUGUGGAUGGAAACAAACCUGCGUUUGGGGCCAGAGUCCUGUACCUGUGUGAGAGCAGAACCAGCAACCAGACCAUUGGUACAAGCAAAGCCAGCAACCAGACCAGCAACCAGACCAUUGGUACAAGCAAAGCCAGCAACCAGACCAGCAACCAGACCAUUGGUACGAGCCAGACCAUCAACCAGACCAUUGGUACAAGCCAGACCAGCAACCAGACCAGCAACCAGACCAUUGGUACAAGCAAAGCCAGCAACCAGACCAGCAACCAGACCAUUGGUACAAGCAAAGCCAGCAACCAGACCAGCAACCAGACCAUUGAGGUUGCGUGUGGAGCUGAUGGGAUCUGGAGGACUGAGACUGGGACUGACCGGCCGUCUUGUCCCUCAGGUUGUGGCGUGUCUCGGUCCCUGGUCUGGUCUCGGGUGAAGCGAAUCGUUGGUGGUCGAACAGCAGAACUGGGGAUGUUCCCGUGGCAAGUGCUGAUCCGGGUCCAGGACCGGACCAGAGUCCCAGACCAGACCUGGUUUGGAUCCGGGUCUUUGCUCUCAGAGUCCUGGGUCCUGACCGCGGCUCACAUCCUGAGGUCCAGACGGAGAGACGGGACUGUGGCGGCGGUGAGAGCGGUGGACGUUCAGGUGUUCCUUGGGGUCAAAAACACCCGUCGUCUCCAUGAGGCACAGCAAAGGACUGUGGGAGUUGUAGUUCUUCAUCCAGACUUCGACCCUCAGAACUACAACCACGACAUAGCCCUCGUGUGGCUGAGCGAAGCUGCUCACAUGAAUGAGGUCAUCAGCCCUGUGUGCCUUCCACCAAUCAGAGAAGAGAGUGACCCUCUUCAACCACACUUCCUUGGUGUGGUCUCCGGGUGGGGCCUGACGUCUGCUGCCUCUGGACCCGCCACCGACCCAACCCAAGACUCGACCCAAGACCCGACUCAAGACUCGACCCAAGAUCCGACCCAAUACCCAACCCAAGACCUGGUCUCCUUGGUGCAGCUGCAGGGGGUCCCCUCUGAGCAGCUCCAGUGGGUCUUCCUACCGGUCGUGUCUCGGGCAGAAUGUGAGGAGAGUUACAGGUCUCUGUCCACAGCCUUUACCAUCGGGCCUCAUAUGUUCUGUGCCGGGUUCCAGGAGGGGGGGCGGGACUCCUGCUCAGGCGACAGCGGAGGGGCAUACGUGGGCAGGGGGUGGGGUCGGGGCCGGUGGACAGUGCUCGGGAUUGUGUCGUGGGGCGCCCCAGAGGAUUGUGGUUCGGAGAAAGUCUACGGAGUUUAUACACGAGUUCAGCCAUAUGUGGACUGGGUCUAUAACGAGACCGGGCUGGACCCAGACCAGGACUAA